CGCCUCACCAGGCAGUGACGUCAGCGCAUAGGCGCCCAAAGGUUUUUGUGGGUAUUAGGAUGGCGGCCCCGCGUCAGAGUGAGCGCGACGGCUUAUCCGAGCUCAGACGAGAGAGGCAGCGGAAGGCCGGAAAAAUGGCUCCUUCUCCCACCAAGCGAAAGGAGCGUUCAGAAGACAGGACCAAAGAGCGGACUAAGGAAAAGACUGCGGGCAAAGAAGCCACGGAUAAAGAAAGAGGGCGCGAUAAAGCGAGGAAGAGACGCAGCGCCUCCAGCGGGAGCAGCAGCAGUAGUUCAUCCUCCAGCUCCUCAUCCGGAUCCAGUUCUGGUUCCAGCUCAGGUUCCAGUUCCUCGUCUGCUUCCAGCCGGUCGGGAAGCUCCAGUUCCUCUCGCAGUUCCAGUUCCAGCAGCUCAUCGGGGUCUCCAAGCCCAUCAAGACGCCGCCACGAUAACAGACGACGUUCCCGCUCAAAAUCUAAACAGCCCAAACGUGAUGAGAAGGAGAGGAAGAGAAGGAGCCCCAGCCCACGACCCACCAAAGUGCACAUCGGGCGCCUGACAAGGAACGUCACCAAGGAUCAUAUUCUAGAGAUCUUCUCGACGUAUGGAAAGAUUAAAAUGAUUGACAUGCCACUGGACCGCACACACCUCCAUCUAUCCAAGGGUUAUGCCUAUGUGGAGUUUGAGGCACCUGAAGAUGCAGACAAGGCCCUAAAGCAUAUGGAUGGGGGACAGAUUGAUGGCCAGGAAAUCACAGCUUCUGCGGUUCUUACCCCACGACCCAUGCGUGCAAUGCCUCGGCGGUUCAGUCCUCCCCGCAGGAUGAUGCCCCCUCCCCCUAUGUGGCGCCGUUCUCCCCCACGUAUGAGGAGAAGGUCCCGGUCCCCCCGCCGCCGCUCACCUGUCCGCCGUCGUUCACGCUCACCGGCCCGCCGCCGUCAUCGCAGCCGUUCCAGCUCCAAUUCAUCGCGGUGAACCUCCAGUGCUCCCCUUCAUGAAACAAACGCGAGCCGAAUUCCAUCACAGCGCAGCCGCCAUAGGAAACAUUUCACAGAAACACCAGUUAUAAAACCUACAGAUCUCCAAGACUGAAAUGGCGGUCCUGAGCAGCAUGGUCACAAAAGGAAUUCCUUCUGUUGCUGGCUUGCAUACCUCCCCCAGGUUUCCCAAAUAUAUCGCUGUUCCUGUAAGCCUGUUUUUCUUGUUGGACCACCGUUCCACUCCGCGUUACAUGGGUUCUUGGUCCUAAUGAAUCAGUUGUACAGACUUCAUGACACUUCCACCUAAAGAAAAUAUGUUCUGAUCAAAUUAAACAUUUAUGUCCUU